AUGGCUAUCAAUGAGCAGUUGCCUUCUGUAGCGGCUACAAAGAUCAUGAAGGAUGUUUGCUGCGAAUGUCUGCCGAACGACAGUCGCUGCUCAACCAAGUUGUGCCCAUGUUUGUCGUCCGGUAGCCUCUGUGAGCGUCGCUGCGAGACCGCCAGAUACCGCUGCGAUUGUCUGAACCAAGCCAUUGGUCGAUGUCGCUGUGACCCAACUGCUACUGACCUCGACAAACUGUGCUGCGGAGGUCACAAACUGACCACUGGCCGAACAGGCGGAUGUGAAUGUCGUCUGAUCAAUGAAGCUUGCACGAAACUUUGCUUGUGCAAAAGAGCAUGCAAAAACGUCGAGAUCCAGAAGCAGGAAGGCAUAAUGGUGAAAAAGAAACCACCAUCAGCUUGCGGUUGUACAGAUACGAAAAAAGGAUGCACCAACGGCGAAUGUACCUGCAGGAAAGGCUAUGGAUUCUGCACGUCUAACUGUGCGUGUCAGGCAGUUUGUAAGAACGCGUCGUCCAGCUUUGCGGUGACGAAGAACACGAAACAGUGCUUUAUGGGGCAAAAGAACGAAACCACGGCGGCAAUAGUGACACUACUCGGAGGUGGAUGGGUGAAUCGCAUCGAAUUUCACCAUGAGUCUAAAUCAGACCUCCAUCCUGAGGAGCAACUAUUCACUGCUUUGAUGGAGCUGAUCUCGGAGUAUCAAGUGAACCUGGAAGAGGUUGUGUUGUACUGUUCGAAGAGUCCUUGCUACCACCAAGAUUGCAAUCCGCUUUGCGAAGUGAUCGAUGAUUGCAACUGCAACAAGGCCUGUGCGAAGCUGCUCGUUCUGCUACUGUACAAAGUUCGGAAAGAGCUCAAAACUGUGGAUGUUAACCUGACGGUUCGAUUCCUUUAUCCGCAUCUGGCUCGAGGCGAUUUGUACACGAAGCAGGCUAUUAUGUACAUGUUGCAGCACGGAAUAAACGUUGAACCGCUGCUGAUGAGCGACUGGAGUGCCAUCGUCGAAUGGGGGCCAUCACUGGAGUCUCCAUGCAACUACCUAGAUCUGUGGAAUGAGCAUCAACUAGACCAAGCCGUCGCAAGGGGACAGAGCAUCGUAAACGAAUGUCGACGAAGCUUAUCAUUACCACUAAAGUUUUGGGUGGCGGAGAUUCACGAAAUCGUAAAAAAGGCUGUAUCACACUACGUCCAAAUAAGGAGCGAGAUGUCUGAAUUGAACAGCGCCUUACAAUGUUUGGAUCUCACUGCGACACCUCGCAGGGCCCGCAGCAGCUCCUGUAAACGCCGCAGUCUCAUUGACAUUUUAGACAUCAGAGAAAGACUGCGUUUAAAAGAGAAAUCUAGCGGCAGCCUAACACCCAACACGGAAACUCAGCAGCUACUGACUAGUCUCUGCGGCAAGAGUUUCGAUGAUCUGGAAACAAAUGAAAUCGCCAACAAAAUACGAAGAGUGACAGCCAACAUCACACUCGAAAUCGACUCACUCCUCGAUUAUCUUCGGACGAAAGGGGGCAAUCACUCCUGUAGCUCCACGAACUAA